AUUUACAUUUCUCCUUAAAUCAUCAAAACCAAAGAUCUUUGCAAAAUCUUUUUCCUUUCUACUGCGAAAACACAACAUAAAUCAUGUGUGGUGGUGCUAUAAUUUCUGAUUUCAUAGCCCCGAACCGGACUUCUCGCCGGCUCACUGCUGAGUUGUUAUGGGGUCGAGCCGAUCUGAGUAUGAAGAAGAAAAAUCCGAGUAAUUUGCGAUCUGAAGUAGUUGAUGACUUCGAGGCUGAUUUUCAGGACUUUAAGGAAUUGUCCGAUGAUGACGAUGUCAAGCCAUUUGCCUUCUCUGCUUCCAAACACUCUACUCGCUCCAAAUCUGUGAAAACUGUUGAUUCAGACAAGGAUGCUGAUAUAUCCUCUAAGAGAAAGAGGAAGAAUCAGUAUAGGGGGAUCAGACAGAGACCUUGGGGUAAGUGGGCAGCUGAAAUCCGUGACCCAAGGAAAGGGGUUCGUGUCUGGUUGGGAACCUUCAAUACUGCAGAAGAAGCUGCCAGAGCUUAUGAUAUUGAGGCUAGGAGGAUCAGAGGCAAGAAAGCUAAGGUGAACUUUCCUGAUGAAGCUCCAGCGCCUGCAUCAAGACACACUGUUAAGGUGAAUCCUCAGAAGGUCCUUCCUAAGGAGAGCCUGGACUCUGUUCAGCCCGACACAACUAUCAUGAACAACGUUGAGGAUGGUGGCUAUUAUGAUUCUUUUGCAUUUUUUGAAGAGAAACCCUCGACAAAGCAGUAUGGAUACGAGGAUAUGAGCAGUGGAGAUUCAGGAUUCGGUUCAUUUGCCCCCUCAGCUGGUGCUGAUAUCUACUUCAACUCUGAUGUAGGAAGUAACUCUUUUGAGUGCUCUGAUUUUGGUUGGGGAGAGCCAUGCUCCAGGACCCCGGAGAUAUCAUCUGUUCUGUCAGCUGCUGUUGAAACUAAUGAAGCUCAAUUUGUUGAAGACGCCAAUCCUCAGAAAAAGCUGAAAUCUUCCACCAACAAUCCCGUUGCUGAUGAUGGAAACACCGUGAACAACCUAUCUGAAGAGCUUUCAGCGUUUGAAUCCCAGAUGAAGUUCCUUCAACUCCCAUAUAUAGAGGGAAACUGGGACGCCGCAUCAGUUGAUACUUUGCUGAAUACAAGUGCAACUCAGGAUGCUGUAAAUGCUAUGGACUUAUGGUCCUUUGAUGAUUUUCCUUCUUUAAUGGGAGGCGUCUUUUAAGUAAACAUGCCUGCCUUGCCUAGUUUUUGUAAAUAAGGCUUCAUGUGAGUGAACUUUGCUAUUUUGUUGCCUCCCAAGAAAGGCUCUUUAUUGAUAUGUUAAUUAAAUCUCUGUUAUGACUUGUUCUUUUAGGUGUGUCUGGUGGUGGAUGAACGAUGAUCCACAGACAACGAUGAUUAAGCCAUGGAUUGUGCGCUCAAUAUGUAUUUGGUGAUAGAGCAGUACAUAGGUAAUUAGGUUUUAAUUAACUACUCAAGAUGUUAAAUUGAAGUUUUAAAUUUGGAAUUUUGGACUUGUAUGAAUGAUGACAAUUGAUGAA